GCCCCCUCCCUGUGCUAAUGCGGAGAGAAGGGAGGAGAAGCGUUUAGCGCUAGCAGCUUUUUCAAACACAAACACAUUUCAAUAUCGCGCUCUGAAGCUCUUUUUCCUCCUCAGAAGCGCGGAACGCAGGACAGGGACAUUAUUUACGUUUCUUUUCACUCGGAGAGUGUCACUGAAAGCGGCUGGAGGCCGCAGGAGCCGCGGGAAAGAAGCUGAGGGAAGAAAAGCGGCCUGUUUUGUUCCCGAUCUCCGGAGCCGCAGCUCGCGCGCCCGGUCCAACACAUCUCACCGUUUUUGUAUUCUCUCUUUUCUCUCUUUAUGCGGUGUUUCUUGUUUUUUUGUUUUUUGUUUUUUGUUUUUUUCUGUUUUGGAGAUUUAAUCGCAUGCAUUUUGUUCUCGUGUGUCCUGAGACCGAGUCUCCGGAGCUGCUGGUUAGCGAGCGGAACCGAUUUUCGGCGCUUCGGGAGAACUUGAGGGAAAAGCGGCCUGUUUUGUUUUUGCAACAGCGGCGCCAUGAACAAUAACAUACACCGGGUUUAACGAGCUCCUCUACUUCCGCUCUCCGGUGUGUACGGGACGACUACACUGGAUUGUGGGAAAUAAUCCGGAGCUCUGUGUGUGAGAGGGAGAGAGUGUGUGUGUGUGUGUGUAUGAGAGAGAGAGAGAGAGAGAGAGAGAGAGAGAGAGAGAAGUGAGUACACACAGGAUCCGGAGAUCCGGCUGUUUGAAUUCGGGAGCUGCGGUUCUGCUGCACGCGCCGCCGUGUGACUUCCUGCGCUUUGAAAAAAAAUCUCAUGAGCCUGUAAACAAGCGGACUUUUUCCCCUGCACCUCAUUUCGGAUGUAUUUGGGACGCUACCGGAGCGCGUGCACUGCAUUUCUCCGGUGAUGAUGAUUAUUUUUGCGUAUUUCCUGCCAUGGAAGCGAGAGCGCGCGUGCACGGCGUAGCGGCUGUAACGGCGGUGAGCGUGCAGUGUGAGGAGGAGAGACGUUUCUGCGACAUCACGCCGCACGUGUGAAGAUUUUAAUCCUGAACUGACCCUGUAACCUCGUGCAUUAACUACGCGCUCGUGCACUUGCGCGAUUAUUAAUUUUGAGCUCCUCAGCAGCGUUACAGCAGAGACUGUGUGUGUGUUUCCCACUGAUCCUGACCCCCCCCCUCUCCCCCUGUGCGGACAUGAACCCGGUAAACGCGACGGCUCUGUACGUGUCCGCGUGCCGCUCGGUGCUGCGCUGCGACCCCCGGGACCCGCAGGCUCUCUCCGAGCUCUACAAACUGCUGCCGUUCUUCAGACAGUCUCUGUCCUGCCUGGUGUGCGGGAAUUUGCUCCAGGAUCCAAUUGCUCCGACCAACUCCUCGUGCCAGCACUACGUCUGCAAAGCGUGCAAAGGUAAGAAGAUGAUGAUGAAGCCGUCGUGCAGCUGGUGUAAAGACUACGAGCAGUUCGAGGAGAACAAGCAGCUGUGUAUUCUGGUGGACUGCUACAGGAAGUUGUGUGAGUACAUUGCAGGUUCACCUCUUGCUAAGCACAUUUCCAGCGAAGUGGGCGGUGCCCCGGACAUCCUGGCUCUGCUGACCGAGGGUCUCUCGUCGGACAAGGCGGGAGACGAGGGUUUCUUGCCGAACCCAACGCAGCACUCUCCUGCUCCCUCGAGCUCGGACACGCCUCCUGAAGAGCACCAGUCCCUGUGCUCCUCUGAGAUCAAGCAGCAGCCGCCGAGCCCGCUGGGAGUAAACGGCCUACGGGACUGUAACGGGUUGAGCAACGUGGAUGAGCUGCCGGCCGGCCUGCCCUCGCCUCACAGCAGCGUGGAGGUGGAGGUGGGCAGCGAGGCAGUGAAGCAGGAGAACUUCAGCAGUGAGAUUCCAGUGUGCGAGGCCGUAGCGGCGGCCGGAGAGGAGCUCUGUGCCUCCAGCAUGGACAUGUGUGCAUUUGACGAGGAUAUAAAACAUGCAGGCGGAACUCUUUUACUGAGCGUGGAGGAGGUGCUUAGGACUCUGGAGCCUGAUCCGGUUCCUCAGGUAGAAUGUUCUGCUAUUCUCCAGCCGAGCCUCGGAGCUUCAGGGAAUAUAAAUGGACCCUUCGGAUGUUCUGCUGCCUCGGCCGACGCUUCCCGACCGCUUCCCUCGCUUCCCCUCGACUCUGCAGGGGUGUUAGCUCCACAGUACCCUCAUCACAAUCCUCAGACGUCCUCCGGAAUUUCCUGUUCCGCCAUAACUCCCAGAGUUCCACGCUCGAAUCGCAAACGCUCGCGUUCUGAAAGCGACAGUGAGAAGAUCCAGCCCCUGCCCAUCUCCACCAUCAUCAGAGGGCCGGCUCUCUGCGCCUCGGCGCCCGUUGCUAUAAAGUGCGAACCUAAAACUCUGACGCUCACCACGCCCAACAUGGCUGCCGUCCCGAACGGUGGAGGACUUCCCAAAGUGGGCAAAGCUCUGAUCGUGCCCAACAAACCCAUCAAAAAGAGCAUUGAGCAGCACGGACCUAAAAAGGCGUACGCGAAGUCUAAACAGAGCGCCCCGAAAACGAAAGACAAGACGAAAGAGCGGCUGGUGAGUAAUCCUCUGGCGCCGGGGAGUCCGACAAAGGUGGUGUACAAAAAACCGCAGGAGAAGAAAGGCUGUAAAUGUGGCAGGGCCACCCAAAACCCAAGUGUUCUUACAUGUCGGGGUCAGCGUUGCCCCUGCUACUCCAACCGCAAGGCCUGUCUGGACUGCAUAUGCCGUGGCUGCCAGAACUCCUACAUGGCCAACGGCGAGAAGAAACUGGAAGCGUUUGCGGUGCCGGAGAAAGCCUUGGAGCAGACGAGGCUCACGCUGGGCAUCAACCUCACCAGCAUCGCCAUGAAGAACGCCGGCAGCAGCGGGACUCCCGGCGCGCUGAACGUCACCUCGGCGGCAGGUUCGCCCAUGGCCUCGUUCCUGGCAGCCGGGCCUCACGAGGACGAGGCGUUGGACAUGAGGUUUGACUGUUGAGUCGUGCACAAUGCUCUUAUCAUCGUGUGAACCCUUAUUCCUUAUUCCAGCCCGGCUCUCUCGCGCCCCGGAGACGAGCCAGCGGAGUCGUCAAUAAGGCAGCUACUGUGAUUCUGUUCCAGUUCAUGUUAUUGAAUUAGUCAUUGCUGAAGCCUGUGCCUAUAAAUCACUUGUAACACCUUUCUUUUUUUUUUAUUUUAUUUUAUUUUAUUGUCUUACACACUAGUGACUUGAGAGUCAUGUUACUGUAAGUUUAUGGAAUUCUGUUUUUGUUUUUUCCCCCCAUUUCAGUACAAGUGAUCUAUACGGCAUGAACUUUAGCAAAGAGAUGCCUGACCUCGUUGUUGAGGGUCAUGUUAUGUGGAUUUGUGGAUGAUUUUCAGUUUGUAGGCUAGAAGACGAGACCUGUUGGAUGAAAUGGUACCUGCUACGUCAGUAGAGACUGGUUGUAUUUAUAAGCUUUUUUGUACACCGACUUAUGAACCCCGAUUUAAAAAGUACAUUUUAUGAUAUUUUUUAAGUUACAUUAACAACAUUUGCAGUAUUUAUUGGGCAUCACUUAACAUAGAUUACAGGCCAUCUAGGGCUUCAUCGGGAUUUCUACAGAUGCAAUUCACUGAGAUGCAGUAUGUUCGGUUUCUGUCUAAAUUAUGUUGCGGUCCUGUUUGUGCUAGUUUAUGCUGUCUAAAACUGUUUUUUUUUUUUUUUUUUUCUUUUUUUUUUUCCUUUGGGCAUUUAAAUACCUGUAAUAUAAAUGUAACAUAUUUCCACAAAAAAAACUGACUCGUGUCUUUUUUC